AUGGCUACACCACUAAAACAAAAAGACAAGAUGCGUGGAGAGACCGAUGUACACUUCUCUCUGGCGACUAAAGAAGAAUUCUGGGACGAUGGUCCGAUAGAUAUCUAUGAAGCUUUUGCUCAACGUUCCUACAAGACUUUAGAGACGUGUAACAAUACGUGUGUUGCAGAUAAUCAUUUGUGUAAAGCUAAAAUUACAAGUGAUUUCAAUAGACUACUAGCAAAAGAUUUGAUUGUACCGAAACCGUUCCUUGCCAGAGGGCAGUAUAUUUUUGAUUGGGAGAAAAAAUAUUUGAGUUAUCCACCUUUGAACGAUACAAAAACGCUGCCAGAUUUGAAGUUGUCUAAAGUGACAGUUGAAAACACAAGACAAGGUGUGGUCAGGUGUAAGAUACUUGAAACUAUACACGGUCGUCUGGAUGUCGUGGAUGGGUACGGGCGUCAGAGAACCAAGGGAGACGAUGUGGUCAGGGUGUGGAUGAAGGGCAGUAAUUCAACUGGAUAUGCUGUAGUAGGUGAUGUCUUGGAUCUAAAAAAUGGCAGCUAUCUUUUCAAUCUUCACGUGGCCAUCGCCUACCCGCGUGAAUUCAUCAGGACUGUUAUCCACCAGGUUCACAUUGGGGCAACGAGAUUCAUGACCGCCACAUUUAAAAAGAGAAACCGCGUGGAGGACACCAUUUGUUUUCAAACCCCAAACAUACCGGGUUGGGAGUGUAUCUGUAACUUCAGCAAGAUUGGUUAUGAGAAUUAUUACUGUGGUAGACCGAGGAAUAAUCAUUUAUCAUGUGACGAUUGGAUAGAAGGUGGAUACUUAGAUGUAUCACCGCCCCAUGACGUUACAGGCGCUGAAAGAAGUCUGAUUAAGUCUAUUUGCACUAAACCACCAGAGCGGACAGUUGCUCACAAUUUUCAAAUAUCUGCUGAAAAUACAGAUAACUUUCCAGAGUUACCCCCCUGUCACAUGUCAAACAAAAAUGUCACCUGGACAACAGCGAUGCCUAAAGGCAUCUGGACACCUGGCAAUAUCUGGAAGUCUCUGGUCUGUAAGGACUCAGGGGUCAUCAAUACAAACUGGACAUUAAAAUGCCUCAGAAACACAUCCGUCUGGAUCUUCGGGGACUCAAAUGCCAGGAUGACAUAUGAUGUGAUUCUAGAGCUGACUAAAUGUAACAAAACAGAAGGUGGAUACCCAUUGAGAGGAACAUGCACCAAGCCUGAGACUGGACUCUCCAUAAAUGUAUUUUGCCACGAAGGACCGGUGUAUACAUACUCACAAAGAAAUGAAAAUUAUACCGGGAUUCCAAGUUUUAUACAGAAGCUACCAAAAAACCAGAAACAUAUUCUCAUCAUUCAGUAUUACCUCCACUACACGGCUGCCCAUCUCGCUGUGCUGUCGUUACGUAUGAAAUCUCUGAGAGCCGCCAUAGAAAAACUGCUUGAAGAAAACCCCAACGUCUUGAUAGGACUCAGAGGUCCUCACAUUGCUUCUUUAUAUUACAAUUACAACCAUGCAAUUGGAGGAGAUCCUUUAGGACCCCAGUAUAUCCAUAUAAUACGAGAAAGACUCAAAGGCCUAGAAGAUAAAAUCGUGUUCUUAGAUUUGUGGGAAAUGUCCAUUGGAAUAGAAAACUUUGAUUAUCAUCCACCACAGUAUGUCAAUCUUGAGAUGUUCAAGUUUUUGUUGUCUUUUAAGUGCAAUUAG